UGGUGGCACCUGAUCUUCAACCUCCUGGUGCAGCUGGUGGUGGGCCUGCCGCUGGAGAUGGUGCACGGCUCGGCCCGCGUCCUCACCGUCUACCUGGCCGGUGUCCUGGCGGGCAGUCUCGGAACUUCUGUCUGUGACACCAGCCGCCAGGUGUACCUAGUAGGCGCCUCCGGCGGUGUCUACGCGCUCCUCACUGCACACAUCGCGAAUGUUCUGCUGAAUUACAACCACAUGGAGUUCGGCAUCAUGCGCCUGAUAAUCGUGUUGCUAAUCGCGGGCUGCGACGUCGGAUUCGCUGUGUACCACCGCUAUGCCACGGUCGUGCCAUCCGUGGAUCCGGCCGUAAGCUAUGCUGCGCAUCUGGCCGGCGCGGUGGCGGGCCUGUCGCUCGGCGUGGUCGUCCUCAGAAACUUCGCACAGAAGCUGCACGAGCAGCUGAUGUGGUGGGUGGCGCUGGGGGUGUACCUCGCCUGCACCCUGUUCGCUGUCCUCUUCAACGUCCUUCCGACGACAGAGCACGGAGGGUACGUGUGAAGAGCGCCUUACGUGUGAAGAGCGCCUUCUGAAUGAUAUAACUGUGGAUGGUGGAGGCUGCCCGGACGGCAGCCUUUCGCCAGCCCCAGGAAGAAGCCGAAAUAAAUUUGCGGUCGUG